AUGAUCGUUAAGAUGUUCAGUGCUCUCCCUCUUGUCUUUGUCGCUCUUGCGGCGUCCACCGCUUUCGCUGCUCCUGCUGAAGAGAGCGUCCGCCGUCAAGACGCCGGCCAACCCAUUACUGGCGGAUUCGCGACGUACUACUUUCCGAGUGGUGUCGCUGGACCCUGCGGACAAGGGUUUCCUGACAGCGCCUUCAUCGUUGCUGAACAGGCACAACGCUGGAAGGUUUCCGACUGCGCACGCCAAGUGCGCGUGACGAAUAAUAAUAACGGGAAAAGUGUGGUCGCUAUUGUCGAGGACAGGUGCCCCGGAUGCCAGGGCAACGCGAACUCGCUCGACUUGUCCGUCGGCGCGUUCACCGCCAUUGCGGAUGAGUCUGAGGGAAUCGUUCCAAUUACUUGGGAGUACAUUUGA